AGUAGAGAAGGAGACUUGAUGAGCCUAGUACCAGGAGCUUCUGCUCUCCAACAGCAUCCUUUGCAGACAAUUGUGGAGAUUCCGUGUGCAGGUCAGUACUCUCGUGAGAUCGAGAUGCGAGAGACAGUCGCGCGAUACGAGUUCGGGAGGAAAGAGAAACGUCGAAGUCGCAGUCUCGACACUGGUUCUGCACUUAAGGCUUGGUUGUACCCAAGAAUAGAUUUGUUUGCAUAAGAACAAGCAUCUACUUCUUGUUCUUUUUAUUCCUUGGUCCUACCUUUUUUGAAGCAGGUGAUUGAACAAAGCGUGUCAAGGAUGGGACGUUUCGAGAUGGAUUUGGGCAAGCUCUAAUGCGCAGAUGAAUGAAGAAGAGGUCCAGAGGAAAUUGGCCCACGAACAGGAGAGGCUGAGGCGACUUCACAACGUGGAGACCUAUGAAACGACUUACGCGGAUGAUUACGGUGUCUCUCGGAAAAUGCUUCGCUCACAAUCGGCGGCGGAUGUGUACGCAGCCAUGCUCCGCUGUGCUGAGCGAGACCGUGCUCGUGGGGCAGUUCUUGGACGAGCGGCAACGUUCUUAAGGCCAGUUCUUCACUAUCCCAGGUGGACUAUCUACGUUGUAUACUGAGUUUUUUCUGAUAGUAUCUGAUGGACUUCGUGCUGCUCAGGUAUUCCACCUCGUCUAGGUGUAGUAUUCCUCAUUUCUAGCACUGUUUCUGUUCUCUCUUCUUCAAAGCAUAUUUAUGUGGAAUGAACUAAAACUGAUUAAUAUAUUACAGGUCUUCCAGGAGCUAAUCCCAAAAAUCUCUCCAACCAACUUCCUCUCGUUUUGAUCAAAGUUUUUUAGUGCAGGGUCGUUUAGUGCACUCUACGACCUAGUACAGUCUACGUCUAGUCCUCUCAUCAUUAUUUAUGUGGAAUGAAUUGAGGAGGGCGAGGGGAAAGGGCAUCUCCUGACUCAACCACCAAGCACGGGGAUGAAAAACUAGCGCUAACGUUCGGCGGUUUGCGACGCGCGUCAAUGCUGAAAAGGGGACAAGUGGUCUUAGAUCAGAAGGAGUUCGAAAAGCAGGUGCAGAAGGAACAAGAGUUGAUGCAGGAUGCAGAGAAGCAGAGGAGAGAGGCCCGCUUGCGUCAGGCUAUUAGUCGCGCCGAAAAAUUGGAGCACUUUCCGAGUGUCAUUCCGCACAACUAUCCUAUUGCAGCACGUUGCACGGACGAAUUCGGACAAGAAUGGGCUAAGACGAAACUCCAUCGCAAGGAACAACACAUUUUAGGAAAGGAAGUCAUGAGUAUGAAAAGUUGUCAGAUUAGUUUUGUUAGGAGGAAAAGUAUGAAUAUGAGUAGAACUAGAGACCUCCUAUGGGGCUGACACGACGAUAGCUACCCUUUUAGCAGAUCGGAGGUUACUUGCUGAUAGCUACCCUUUUCGCUUUUCUAUCUUCCUCUGGUCUUUCUUUUUUCUACUUAGGUCUGGCCCACCACGAAUAUAAAUAUUCCGUUUUUUUUUUCAGUCGUGAUAAGCAUGCGGAGUGGUGUCUAAUCCUUGGCGCAACGGCAGCUCGUGAUUUGGAUCAUUUACGUGUUGACAGUGCAGAACGCCAUCAAGAGCGGGAUAGAAAGACGGCAGCGUUGAAAGAAGGCGAAACACCAG